AUGGUUGAUCACAAAGGUCAUGACAUGCAUAAAUCGAAUCAGAAUACUAAUAUCAUUAAUACAAGUAUCACAAAUGCAGUCAAUGACAUAUCAACUUCAAACACAAUUAGUAUAGGUAACAAUAAUAAUAGUAAUAAUAUUUCAACCAAUCGAUUACGUGAUGAUAAUAAUCUUGACGAAGAUGAAACGGAUGAAGCAGAGAAAACCAACCAGAUGAAUGAUAGGCACGUUGAUGUUCCUCAUAAUACUAAUAUUCACCCAACACGUUAUCCACAUCAAACCGAUCAUCAUAAAUCUCACAGUUAUGAUGACAAUGAUUCUAAGAAUGGAAUAGUUUAUCAAAAAUUAGAUUCUUUCAAAAAGUCAAUGCAUACAACAACACCGACAACAGCAACUAGUACUACUACUACUACUACUACUAAUAACCGAAGUAGUACAACUACAACUAUCACCACUCCUACAAUAAUCCCUACUACAACUUGUCAACCUGUAAAAUUACAUAUACAUAAUUAUUAUAAAGAAAAUGUAAAUAAUUUAGAAUUAUCCAAAGAUGAAACAAUGCAUAAUUUGGCUAAACGUACAUUAGCUAUCGGGAUACCUGGAUUACAUCCAUCUAAUCAUAAAACAUUAUUUAUAUUCUCAGAAGAAAAUGCUAUUAGAAAAUAUUCAAAAAUUAUCAUUGAAUGGGGAUAUCCUUUUUUCUUUUUUGCUCGCGUUUCUGGUUUCAACAGUGAAUUAUUUAUUUAA